GCUGUACGAUUAUUUUAUACAGGUCCUAAUGGAUGUGCAUGACAGAAGCCAAAGGAUUCAGGGAGAAGGAGGCAGCAAAGUUCAAGCUACAACUACUCGUACUGUGUUAGCCUCGAGUGGAGAUGGAAAGACGGGUGCCAAAGCUGUUAAUGUAAAACUUGCAGACAAGUACAAACUCUCAAUAUUCAAGAGACCAUUACCACUUAUUGUCAAACACGUAGCUGGUAAAGGAAACGCACUGUCUUACAAUCAUGAUACCCUUGAGGAACUUAGCCAAAUUGAGGAGCCAUUAUGUGUCAUAGCUGUAGCUGGAUGUCUGAGGACUGGAAAAUCGUACCUAUUAAGUCGCCUUGUACAGAAGUGUGGUGUUUCAGAAGAAUAUUUCACUGUUGGGCACUCUGCCAACGCACAGACCCAAGGAAUAUGGAUCAUGUGCAGACCGCAUCCUACUCAAGAAGGGAAGGUCAUUGUUUUUCUCGAUACGGAAGGAAUCGAUGAUCCAGAGAAGGUUCAAAUUCAAGAAGACACUUGGAUAUUCCUUAUUGCAACGUUGCUGUGCAAUGUACUUGUCUACAAUACGAAAGGCGUCUUUGAUGCUUCAGACAUCAAGAAAUUUCGGUUUCUUAAAGUGGUUCGUUCUAAUGUGACGGUUGCAAAAGGUGAAAGUGAAGACGACAGUUUCCUUGACUUCUUUUUUCCGAAUUUGGUUCUUGUUUUACGAGAUUUUGCACUCCAAUCCGAUAUAUCGAAAGAGGUAUUUCUUGAACAGCGAUUAAUGUACAAGAAUGGGAAAUUGGAUGGUGCAAAUAAAUUUAACGAACCAAGGCGACUUAUUCGACGGUAUUUCAAAAAAAGGACAUGCUUUGGCAUCCCGAUCCCAUGCACGAGGCCCGACCAAUUGGAAUCUAUGCCGGAUUCAAAGAUUGAGUCCGAAUUUCUGCAGCAGAUAAACGACUUGCACCAAUACCUUUGCGAAUGUAGCCCAAAGAAACUCAUAUCUGGAAAGCCUGUUAAUGGAAGAAUGCUGAGAACGAUGAUAAUAAGCUACAUGAAUUCCGUGAAGGAAAACACGGCACCGUGUUUACAAGAUGCUAUGAAACUGAUGGCUGACGAGGAAAAUCAGUUUGCAGUACGGAAAGCGUCUGAAUGGUACCAAGAAGAAAUGAAAAAGAGGAUAAACAAACAUAUGCCAAAUGAGAGCGGGCUUGAGAGAUAUCACAAUGACUGCAUGAAAGUGGCUGUAAAGAAAUUACGAGAAUUAGUUGUGGUAGAUGACGGCGAUAUAUUUAACAGAAAAGCGGCAGUAAGUAGGCAUUUGUGUUUUGGGACCUUAGAACUGAUAAUGCUAUCGAGGAAGAGUUUGCGUAGUUACGUUUUGUUGGCCCUGUUUGUGAAAACACUAUAG